UCCACCUUCUAAAUACAUACACCUUGAUUGCAAACAAUUUUGCUACACACAAAACAAAGGCAAAAAAGAAACAGAGUGUCUUCACAGUACAUAAUUAUCCCAAAAACGCAACAGAUUCUCUACCAUCACCAGACUCAGCCCACGACAACGUGCAGCAGCUGCUGCUGAGCCGGCGCCGAAGAAAACGAAGAAGAAGAGCGCGCGCGCGCCGGUCCAAAUUGCAUGUUUACAUCACGAGCAAUCAAACCUCUUUUCGCCUCGGGCCUACACGUGCCCACAAGCUACGCUUCCGUCUGGCAAGCUUCCUCCACGGCAAUGGAGUCACCAACAGCUAUCCCGAACGGAGCUUCCGAGGAUUCGAACACGACCAACAUUCCACCGUUGCGGUACCGCGUGACGGCCAAGUGCAGCGUGACAAAGGCGCGCGUAGGAGUGAUGAGCGUGCGGCAUGCGGAUGUUGACACGCCGGUGUUUAUGCCGGUGGGCACACAGGGCACGCUCAAGGGUGUGCUGCCGGACCAGCUGCUGGAGCUCGAUUGUCGUAUAAUGCUCGGCAACACGUACCAUCUGGGAAUGCGGCCCGGGACGACCGUGCUGGAGAAGGCGGGCGGUUUGCAUCGGUUCAUGGGCUGGCCCCGGGCACUGUUGACCGAUUCGGGCGGCUUUCAGAUGGUGUCGCUGUUGCAGCUGGCCGAAAUCACCGAACAGGGCGUACGGUUCCAGAGCCCGUACGACGGCAGCGAAUGCAUGCUAACGCCAGAACGAAGCAUGGAGAUACAGAACGCGAUCGGGGCGGACAUUAUGAUGCAGCUGGACGAUGUGGUCAAAACGACGACGACUGGACCGCGCGUGGAGGAAGCGAUGCACCGGACGAUCCGCUGGCUGGAUCGAAGCAUAGCGGCGCACGGGCGUGACGACGAUCAAAGCAUCUUUCCGAUCGUGCAGGGAGGUUUGCAGCCCGACUUGAGGCGCGUAUGUGCGGCAGAACUGACCAAGCGCAAUACGCGAGGUUUUGCUGUCGGUGGACUGAGUGGAGGCGAAAGUAAGGACGAAUUUUGGCGCACGGUACAUCUCUGCACGGAUCUGCUGCCCGAGGACAAACCACGGUAUCUGAUGGGUGUUGGGUUUGCGGCCGACCUGGUCGUGUGUGUGGCGCUCGGUGUGGAUAUGUUUGAUUGCGUGUUUCCAACGCGAACGGCACGGUUUGGCUGUGCGCUGACCCGCGCCGGACAGAUCAAUCUGAAGCAGCGCACUUUUGCACAGGACAUGCGACCAAUCGAGGACGAUUGCGAGUGUUCCACGUGUCGUACUUACACCCGAGCUUAUCUGCAUCACAUCGUUACCGUUGAGCCGGUGGCCUGUAGCAUCGUGAGCGUGCAUAAUGUGGCGUUCCAGCUGCGCCUUAUGAGCGAUAUGCGGAACGCAAUCCAGGAGGAUCGGUUUCCGGAGUUUGUGAAAUCGUACAUGGCUGUGCGCUUCCCGGACGACACUGUCCCACAGUGGAUUCGGGAUGCUCUUGCCGCCGUCAAUGUGAACCUGUAACGCUAGUCCUUCGAGUGAAUUCCCCUAUAACAGUAGGCUACCAACGAUCCAGUUUCAUUCCUAUUUGCGUAAUUUGAACCAAAACGGACGGAUUUUAUCCAAAAACGGCUAGUUUCUUCUUUCCUUUUCGAUUGUGUACGACGACCACUUAUACACUGAAAUAAAACAAUCAAUAAUUUAUUCGUAAU